AUGGAGUCUCGAAUGGAUCAGUACGAAAUGAUGGAGCAGAUCGGUCGUGGCGCCUUUGGUGCUGCAAUUCUCGUCCAUCAUAAAACCGAGAAGAAAAAGUAUGUAUUGAAGAAGAUUAGGCUGGCUCGGCAAACCGAACGAUGCAGGAGAUCUGCUCAUCAAGAGAUGGCUCUUAUUGCACGAAUUCAACAUCCUUAUAUUGUCGAAUUUAAGGAAGCAUGGGUUGAGAAGGGCUGCUAUGUUUGCAUUGUCACUGGAUACUGUGAAGGCGGAGACAUGGCUGAGUUAAUGAAGAAAGCAAAUGGAGUGUAUUUUCCGGAGGAGAAACUUUGCAAGUGGUUUACACAACUACUAUUGGCGGUUGAAUAUUUGCAUUCAAAUUUUGUUCUGCAUCGUGACUUAAAAUGUUCCAAUAUAUUUCUGACCAAAGAUCAGGAUGUUCGUCUUGGGGAUUUUGGACUUGCUAAAACUCUGAAAGCUGAUGAUUUGGCUUCUUCGGUGGUUGGAACUCCGAACUAUAUGUGUCCUGAACUGCUUGCAGAUAUUCCUUAUGGUUUCAAAUCUGAUAUUUGGUCCCUAGGGUGCUGUAUGUACGAGAUGGCUGCUUAUCGUCCUGCUUUUAAGGCUUUUGAUAUGGCAGGGCUGAUAAGCAAGAUAAAUCGUUCCUCUAUUGGCCCUUUACCUUCCUGCUAUCCCCCCACCUUAAAAACACUUAUCAAAGGUAUGCUGAGAAAAAAUCCUGAGCACCGACCAAGUGCGUCCGAGCUUUUGAAGCACCCUUAUUUGCAGCCUUAUGUUGAUCAAUACCGUCCAUCCUUCAGUCCUCCAGCUGCCUUUUCCACGGGAAAGCCUAUAUCUGAUCCUCGUGAGUCUCGGAAAAAUAUGGCGGAAAGUCAGAACAGUAAUAGUUCUUGCAGUGAUAAAGAUAGUUUGCUUUCAACUGAGAGAAACCUCCAUGCAAUGAUGUCAAGCAGUGAAACUAAAGGUACUGACACAGAUUUAGCUUCUGUUGAUGAUGAAGAUGACUCGCAGCAUCAUCUUCCAAGGGAAGGAACCGCCACCAAAAGUUGCACCGCCCAAAUGGACGAAAAAGGCGUGAUUAAACCUUGUCAUGAUGAACGAGGAGCCAACGUUGAAUCAAAGCAACCAAAAACUAUCAAAAGCAUUAUGCUGGCUCUAAAAGAGGGAAAAGGUAGAGAAAAUAGUUCCCCAAUGAGAGGCAACCGUGUAAAGGCUGGAGGUGUAUCUUCUCAAAGAAACAACACAGAACCAUCUCCUAAGGUUCUUAAACCGAAUGCCACUGUGACUGGUUUGAAGUUGAAUGCUGACGUACCUCCUGUUGUCCCAGCAAAGGCUGUGGGUGAUUGUGCAAAACGUAUUCAGUAUUCACAUUCUUUGAAGCAUCAGUUACCACUAGUUGACUCCUCCCCAAAGACUAAACCCAGACAUGAGGGCUUUCCUCCGUCAGGUCCAGCAAAACCUGUUGAAGAUGGACUGUCAGCAAAACCAAGGCAAAGAACACCUCCAUCCAAUUUUGGUAGACGUUCUUCAUUUUCUGGACGAAUGAGGCCAGUGGGAGUUGACGCUCCAAACACUAUGAGCAAUCCCACAAAGUUAGGUUCCACUGAAACAACCCAGGAGCCUAAACUCAAUUCUUAUCGUGUUUCUGAUGGUUGUGUUACACAUGUUUCUAAGGAGGUCACACUAGAGUCUCAGAAGACUUCUGUUUGUUCUUCGAAAGGAAUGCAAACAGACAGCAGCAAUUCUGUCUCAUCGUCAGUCUCAAUUCAAGCAUAUGAGCAGUCUGAUGUUGCAACUUCUUUUAUUGACAUGACAGAGCAGACAAUUCCAAAACAUGAUUUGCUCACCAGCAAUGAGAGUUUCGAAUCACAUCCACCCAUCUGCUCUCCUUCCCCCUUUGCUUAUACUGAGAUCACUGAACAUAUUUCUGGACAAAAACAUGUAUGUGAUCCUACAUCUGUUCCUUGCUUAGUUGAGACAACUGAGGGUAACCUAGAUCUUCAAGCUACCACAGCCAUUGAUGGGAAAGCAAGUUCUAGUUCAGCUUCAGAUCUCCCAGUCACAAGUUCUGAGGAAAUCGUUAUCUCUAAAGAUGAAGUGCCUGCAGAUAUGUACGCUAUAAAGCCUGAUGAUACCCCAGAAAGCAGGCCUGAUCAAUUGCUUCAAUCAAAUCUUACAUCUUCAUCAAGUGGUGAUGACAAAUUCACUGUAAGGGAACGUCUAUCAUCUUUUGCAGAAGUUUCCCCUUCCAUCUCCUCACCUGUGUCAUAUAGCCAAAAUAACGUAAAGCAAGGUAAUGGUAUCAUUUUGCAGAAUCCUACAGUUGAAAGGCCUAGUACUGCCCAUCAUCCUUCAGUUUUUGAUGAUGUCAUACAUGUUAUACGGCAUAGUAGUUUUCGUGUUGGGAGUGAGCAACCAGUAAUGGAAAAUGUUGAGAUGGGGAUUCAAAAUGUGGAUGUUGGGAAGUUAUUGAACGUAGUGAGGGAUGAACUCGAGAUGAGAAACGUGACGACUCCAAUGACUCUGAAGACAUCAAGUUGCUCUGAUGUGGACUUACAUUCUGGUGUUCUGGAAAUGGAUACGAAAGAACCGACUCCUGUAAAAGCCGACAAUUUUGAGGCAGCAAGACCUAGCCCCCCUCCCAUGAAAGAAGAGGAAUCGCCAGCCAAAGAAACUUUGGAUGUGAAGUCUUUUAGGCAGAGGGCAGAGGCCCUUGAAGGGCUUUUAGAGUUGUCUGCAGAACUUCUGCAGCAGAGUAGAUUGGAAGAACUUUCAGUUGUUUUGAAGCCUUUUGGAAAAGAUAAGGUCUCCCCAAGGGAGACAGCUAUCUGGUUAGCGAAGAGCCUCAAGGGAAUGAUGAUUGAAGAGGGUGGACGCAAUUCAUGAACGUUUUACAUCUUUGGUAAGUUCACACUGGAUUUUCUUAUCGGUUCUAGUAACUGUUGUCAUUUUGUUAUACAUAUCAUGAAUUCAAUUGGGUAUAUCAUUUACAGUGAUGUAGAGAAUGACCAGUCCUUCUGCCUCAUUUUUUGUAAUUCUUUCAACGCAUUUUGUUGCUGUACAUAUGAAAUUAUGAACCAUGCAAAUGGUACAAUUGUUAUGUGCUACCUGAUUGAUCCCCUCUCUAUCAACAUUUCUUUUCUGAAUUCCAAUCUCUUUUGAUAUUGUAUAGAGGGUCCAUAGAUAUGAUCUAUGUUUGUUUGUUGUAACCACUUGAUUGAUCCUC